GACAUUUAUUGUUGACAAUUGAAAUUUUACGAAAUGGAGAUCGUGCGACCUAAUAAUAUUUCUUUAAUUUCUAAUGUUUUUUCUUGAAGAAGUUCUUUAGUUGAAAAUGGAGUUCACAAGUUUAAUUUUUCCAUUCACUAAAAACAUCUGCCGGACAUGCCUCGUAGAAUCUGACACAAAUAUGUUUAUGAACAUACAAGAUGUGAUUGAACACGAGAUGCAUAAAAUUAAAAUAAUUGAUAUUUUGGUAUUUUUAAAUUGUUUAGAGAAUAAUGAUGAAGAGAAUUGGCCUCAGGGUAUGUGCGCAACGUGCGUGUCGACCGCUCUUCUGGCGUACAACUUCAAGCUUAAUUGUCUUAAAGUUAACUCUACUCUUUCACAACUGACUACUGAAACUUCACCCAACUUGCAGAGGUCUGACAUUGAUUCAAUUGAUAUAAAUGUGGUUUACCAGGAUCAUGAAUAUGAUGUGCCACUGUUUAACCAUUCCUCUCUGGACAUUGAAUCUAAUCUUCCUGAGAAUAAAGAAUUGACUCCUCUACCACCAGUCUCUGAAAUCACAGCAGCAGAGCAGCCACCCAGGAAGGAAGGAGAUAAAAGAUAUGCCUGUACUUUGUGCUCAAAAUCCUUCACAAGGAUCUAUGGGCUGCGGUAUCAUAUGGCUAAACAUUCUGAUGUUCGUAAAUACUUGUGUUCUAAAUGUGGCAAAGCAUUUCACACUGCUAAUGGACUCAGGCAGCAUUUGAUUUCGCACAAAGAGAUUGCACAGUUUAAAUGUGGCUUCUGCAAUAAGACUUACAAGUCAAGACAAUCUCUGAAGGAGCAUUUCCGGUUGGCACACUCCAGCAACCAUAGACAUUUUGUGUGUGUAACUUGUGGUAAGCGUUAUACAGCAAAGUCAACCUUGAUGAUGCACAUGAAUACCCACAGUGGAGAGAAAAAGUUUGCUUGUCCACAUUGCCCUAAGACUUACACUAGAGCUUCAUACUUGAGGGCUCACACCCUGGUGCAUACUGGUCAGGCGAGACCUAGGCCAUUCCUCUGCAAUUACAUAAACUGUGAUAGAAGUUUUUCUACAAAACAUUCACUCUUGGUACAUAUUGCACACACACAUAAGACCGAGAGACCUCAUAAAUGUGAUACAUGUUUGAAAGGCUUUGCUACUGCCUCUGGUCUGAAGGAUCACAUGGAUUCCCACAACAACACAGAGUUGUACUGCAAUUAUUGCUCCAAGAAAUUUGCUAAUAAAAGAGUUCUACAGAAACACAUUAAAAUUCAUGAUGUGGAUGCAAAAGACAUGAUACUGGAAGUUGUGGUUGAUAAUGUAUUCUUUGAUCAGGCGUACUAACAGCACUGAAAUUGUGAUAUGUUAAUUAUAAGUUUAGUUGUAAUAGCUGCACAAAAGAUCCCACCAUUAUUGUAAUUUAGUAAUAAUUUGGAAAAUUAAAAUGAUUAGUUGGUUCUCUUUAA